CGUCUCCACGACCCAGAAGGCGAAAGGCGAGCGAGAGCGCAGUCACCACUCCUGCGGUGCAGCGGCAAGCGUUGCCAGUUCCAGAUGGAACGUUUUUAAUUUUUAUGGCUUCACGCUUUGCUUCAGAUCAGCUUCCCCCAACCCCAUUGGGGGAUGCUGGGAGUUGUAGUGCAACGCCUUUGGGAGGGGCUGCUCCGGUUGUUUGCGUCGUCCUGUCAGCGUUUGCAUCUGAAUGUUGAGGGAGUUAUGGGGAGUGAAUGGAAUUUCUAGGAACUUGACCAGAGGGGAUGGUUGUGCUUUGUUAAAACUCUGGUUCGGAGCCUGGGGUGGCAUUAUUUGUAUGCUCGCCUCCAGUAGGUCGGUUUGUUGACCAAAGUCUUAACAAGGAUGACUGGAAGAGCUGAGCCUAAGAGCUGCCUCUCGAACCCCAGCUGGCAAGCCAAGAGGCACAGAGCGAUGUGGUUCGCUUGAUGCCAUAAAGGAAGCCACAGCCUUAAGUUUGCAAGAGCUGAGCAGGGCUGACAAGGACAGGGCAGUUCGGACUGGGGACUUGGCAGCAAGUGACAGCAACAAAGCGACAAGGAAGCUUGUGGCUACUUAGGAGGCAUCUUACGUGCCAUCAUGGACUAUCAUGUGCUCCCUUCCUAGCCUCUGCUCCCAUCUGCCUCCCCAGCACAUGCCAUGGGGUGACCACUGGUUCAGAACUGCCUCAGUUCAACCUGCAUUUUACUCUCUCACCCUGUCGCCAAAACUGGCUGAUCCAGAGCCGAAGCUUUUUUGGUGGGGGGAGGGAUCUUGCUGAAUCACUUCUGGGUAAGUGCAUGUGAAUGUUGCCUCGUUGGGCAUGCGUGCGGCAGGGUAUUAUUAGUGCCACAUGCAUCGUGCAUGCUGUGAGUGCAAAGGGCCACACACUGUACCACCCUGCUGAGCUCCGCCUGGUCAGGUCUGGGUGGUGGGGGUGGCUGGCUGGAAUCUUUUUGCAGAGUGCACUGAGUGAGCCAAGGUGUGUGUGUGUGUGUCGGUCUCCUAGCUGCUGUGCUGUUGACCUUGCCACUCCAGAAUCCAAACCUCUCCGCCACAUGGCUCUCCGCUGGCUGUCAUGCUCUAGACCUUUUCUCAGCAGCACCUGUGGACCUCCUACCCGUAUUGGCAGACUGGCCUGCAUACAACACCCAAGCAUAGUCUCCAGAGAGAUAUGAAAGAGAUGUCCCCUGGGAAACAACUCUGUACAUGUUCAGAGAUACUCUGCCAUGGAGUACAAGAAAAUCUGUUUUAUAAAAGUAGCAUUAAUACCCCACUUCUAGCUUCUUCCAGCUUUUUCUCUAACUCUCAGAAUCCCUGGCUUUUCAUCACCUUUUGACCAGGCUGUCAUUUAAACCCUCCCUGAGUCCUUCCAGACUUCAGUUGCUGUGGUGUAACAGCCCCAGUCUGUGCCGCCCAGUCUCCUCCCUCUGAGCUCACUGUUCCUAGCAUGGACCUGGCAAAAGUGCCCAGUUCAGAGAAUGGAAAUGACCCCGUUGCAUUUGGAUUCCUCAAAGAAAACCUUGAGAAUCUUGAGGACUAAGUACAUUGCUUGGCAUACCAAAGAACAGGCAGGGUUGAUCAGGAAGCAUUAGUAUGUGUCAUAUUUAUUAAAAUCAACAACAGCAGUGAAAGCCUAGAAACCGCUAGUGAUUAUUCCUUUGGCAGAAGCUUGUGUGGGACACUUUAUGCAGUUACAGUGAGCAGAAGAAUUGUGCCUGGCACGCACAUAUUUUCCCCUGUCUCUGCCUAGAAAGUGCAGCCGAUCAGGAGACAGUUUAAGAUGGAUGGUUUCUGUAUGAGAGCCAGCUUUCUAGUUAUGAGGGUUUGGAGCUACUUGGACGAGCUUGCUAACCAAGCGAGAAAAUAAGGAGAAACAGAAUUGGCCUGGUCUGCAGCCUAGCUGGGGCAAAGUGUUUGGAGUUAAAGGUGCUCAGAGCAACAAUGCUUAGCCUACUUCCCCAGCAGUAAAUCCCCCUGAACUCUCAGGAGCUUUCUUCUGUGUAAACAGGCAUAGAAGUACAGGGCUGAGGCUGCAUUUCCAAGUGCAUUUACCUGGGCAUAAGGCUCACUGCAUAUGCUUCUGAAUAGCAAAUGUAAAGCUGAAGUGUUCCUCAUUAGGAGAGGGGAAACUUCAGUGCUAAAGGGGCUGUAGAUUCAACCGUUUAUAUUAUUAAUUUGAGAACUUAUUUUCAACUGUCUCCUAGUAAUCCUUUCCAAGAAAGCAGAAGUUUAAAAAAUCUCAGGGUCAGCGUUGCAUAAUAAUCACUGCAUGGUUAUAUUGCUAAAAUGCACAUUUAUGGCAACGGAACACAGCAUCACCAUCAGGAGUGUUGUGCUUGAAGUCUUUGCUCAAGCUGUGGUAUCUGUUUAAUUACAAGCGAUUGAUACUGACAGUUCAAGAGGUUUCAGAGCAUACAAUAGUUGAGAUGUGGAACUAAAACAAUGGGCCCAGUCUAUUUUUAAACUUGGAGAUCUCUGUUGGUUUAAUGUGUUUAGUUAACAAAAGUCUUGAUUUUGGCAGGGCAUUUUGGUUUAUUUUGUUUGGCAUCAAACAAAAUGUUGGCCACAAACUGACAUGUGUUUGCAUAUUAAAAGUUUCCAUGCAUAAAAACCAAAGGUUGUGAAUUAAUAGGCAAUCCAGUUUCCUGUUUCUGGCAGGGACUGGUACUGCAUGUUACCGAUCCGGAUGUUUCGUUCCACAUUUGUCCCAUAAAAUGAACAAUAAUGAAGAACAAGUAGAAACAACAGCUUUGGCUGGGUAACUGUUCGUUUUGUAUCUUUUCAGAUCAUUUAAACACUAUACAAACAUUUUCAUAGCAACAUUAAAAAUAAAGCAGAAUUAUUUGUUAUGGGAUUGUGGUACUCUGGGGCCCAAGAAUGUUUGUUUGGGAUGCGAAUGUAUAAAAGUUGGCUUUUAUUUAUGUUUAGCAGAGAAAGUGGAUACUUACUUUUUGAAAUUGGAAUGGCAACAUUAAAUGCAACAAUUUGGGGAUUCGGUAUAUGUGGCAGAACUUAACAGUACUUGGGAUUAGUGCAUUGCUCAUAUAUUUGUCAUUGGCUGGGUUCAGUGAUACCCCACACUCAAGGGUUAAAGAUAGGUCGAGUGUGAGAUGUCCUUGAAUUGUGGGAUGUUGAACCAUGGGUUAUUGUGUUAUCAUAAUCCAAACAUGUUAUGAUAACACAAACAACCACAUGAACAGGACCUAAGGUUUGUUGUUGGCUUAUGGAAUGUGAGUUGUUUGUGUUUAACAAACCAUGCUUUGUUAGUGUGGCUGGGUCCAAACAACAUGAUAACGCCAGUUUCUACAACAACCCACCAUUCAAAGACACCCCAUGCUCAAGCCUUGAAUGUGGGUUAUCGUGUUAUCUGUCAGGGCUACACCUUAACAGCGUUGUAUGAUGCUCCUGAAAACCUCCUUGCAAGAAGAAUUGCCAUCCAUCAGUCUGGAAAGAUAGUCUUGCUGCAGAAAGAUAGCUGUAGUACUGUUAAUGGUUAAAAAAAAAGAAUCUGACUAGAUGUGCACUUGAGCACAAGAGAAGCAGGUAUAUUCACACCUGCUAAAGUGCUGAAUAAAGCAAAGGUACAUAGAAUAGUAGGGCGUUGCUUCAGGGAGUGAUGCAAUUGUUUGGGGCUGCCUGAGCACUUGAUCAGAGCCAUUGCUUUCAAAGAUGCUUGCAGGUUCUAGUCCUGUAGUGGGAGGCGAAGGGCAACUGUGCCUUCAAGAUUCUAAGGAAAGAGACUCUAGCUCAGUGGUAGAGCACUUGUUUUGUAAGCAGAAGGUCUCAGUUUCAGUGCCCAGCAUUUCCACUUAUCCUACAGCAAAGGACAACAGUGACAUCUCCCUAAGAACCUGGAAUGCUCUUGCCAGCCCCAAUCACAAAACUGAGAGAUGGUCUUGGUGUAAGCAGCUUCUUGGAAUGGGUGUUGCUGCAGUUUGAUGCAUGAACCCUCCUUUGCUGGAGCAUAAAAUCUCCCUGCACAUUGAGAUCUAGAGAGAAGCUCCCUUCGCAUGACAUGCUUGCUUUUUUGCAGAGGAACAUGUUUAGAAUGGAGGUGCAUUCAGACAUGCUUUUGUCCCUGGGUAUAACAUGUGGCCCCCUGUUCUCUUUCCCCAGAAUUUGAACUGUUUCUGAAGUGUUACAGGAUUUGAUACAUUUUCUGCAGCUGGUACAAAACAUUUGUCUCUGGCAGUGUUGGCCCCAGAUUUUGGGGGUCCCUUAAGCAGGAUGCCCUCGGGUGGGGGGGCUCCCUGGGUGGGAUCCCAUUGCUGCCAUUCCCACAAAUACACAUUUGCUUGCCUGCACCUUCCGGAUGAAGGGGACAGCAAGAGAAGCACAGGCUGCUGUUUCUUCUUGUUCUGCUCACUCUGUGCAUGCACAGAGAGACAAUGGCUGGGUUCAGACAACACAGUUACCCACAUUGCAGGAUUGAGAAUAGAUUAUGAGUUGUCAUUGAACUGUGGGGGUUGUUGUUGAAGCAGUGCUUAUUGUGGUGUCUGAAUCCAACUGCCUGAACAAGAGAAUGCAUGGUUUCAUGUUGGCUUAUGAAAGGUGUCUUGUUCACCAUGGUUUGUUGUCUUGGCUGGAUCCAGGCAACAUGAUAAUGCAUGCUUCUGUAAUAACCCACAGUUCAUUGACAAUCCGCACUCUUCCCUUGAGUGUGGAUUAUUGUGUUGUCUGAACCUAGUCAAUGAUGGCAGAAAAGCACAAGACGCAACCCAGCGGGUUCUGGGGGUCACUAGUGUACCCCUUCUUAGAACAUGGGCCUUGGCAUCCACCCAGUCAUGCUGACUCCUGACACUGUCCCUGGUAUUUGGAAACUCUUCACCUCUGUAGCACAAGUUUCAAAUGACAUCACAUGGUCUUGGGCAAAAAAACACCCUUGAAUCAUCUGAUCCACUGACACUUCUAUGUCCUAGUAACAUAGCCGGGUAAACAAAGAUAUAGUUUCUAUUGAAGAUAAGGACAGAGAUAGCUUUUGCUUUGGGAAAACACAGGGAGAAGUAGGAGGGGGCAGAUGCUUCUCUAAGUAACACAUAAGCGCUGCAGCUCCUUUGGGCUCCAAAUCACAGCUGUUGUGUUCCAAUUUUUGUUGCUGCAUCACCAAGCAUGUGCCUUGGAAGCCAAACCAAACAUGUCAAUAAUUUGGAAUUUUCCCUGAACAUAUCCAGAAAUACCAGUGCUCUGUAAGCAUUUGUAGAUGUGCUGAGUACAAUUCACUUCUGCACUGGCCAGGUCAAGUGGCAAUAUUCCAGAUUGCAUGUUCUGAGUAAGAAGUGGUCAGAUCUCCCCGUCGUGUUCUCCUCUGCAUCGGAUCAGCUAUUUGGUUCCUAAAUUCCACCUUUCUGCCUUCUUCUUGCGGCAGCUAAAAAGGAAAAGAAAAACCUUCGUGAGUGCCAUGAAGGAGGGUGAAUGUAGGUGGUGCUGGCGAAAUGACUGUUUGGGAAGGUUUAAACAUCCCAUGUCUCCACAUGGUGGCCAAGCCUGGACUCUUGAGUACUUACAUGGGAGGUAAAAGAAAUAGUGGGGAUCCACAGCAAAAGAGCCCGUGUGGUGCAGUAGGACCAGUGCUGAACUACAAACUUGGGAGAUCCGGGUUCUAGCCCCUAUGCAGCUCCGAAGCUUAAGUCUCAGCCUAACCCACCUCCAGGGUUGUGGCGAGGAUAAAACAAGGAAACUAAGAUUCCUUGAGUUUCUUGCAAGAAGACCAUAAAUGCAUUAGGCAAGCCAGUGAGCUGAAUUCUGCAGCCUGUAUUUAUCAUACAAACCAGAAAAAUAGCCUAUACUUGCUGGAUUUCCUUAAUUUAUUCUGCUUCUGGUCAUUCAGGAGGACAAAGAACAACAGAGGGCCUACUUUCCCUGACCCCUGAAAAUCCAGCUUGCACCCCACCCAUCCCAAAAAAACCUGAUUUGCUGUUUGAGAUUUCAUUAUGUCCUGUAUUUCAUGCCUUUUUUGUGGUCUCAAACAGAGAAGAAGAAAAAGUUGAUGUUUUUGCAGUGCUGAAUUUUGUAUCCAAUGUACUAGCUCCUGAAUUUACAAGGUGCAGUUGCAAAGUGAACAUGUUUCUGGCUAGAGCUGCAAAUGGAGUUCGAGAACAUAAGAUCGUUUUACUGUACUUUAUGGCAGAAACAAUAUCCUUUUUGUUUUGCCUGGAGCACCACCAUUAGGAUCCCUUGUUUGGAGCAGAACAAAGAAAUAGGAUACCUAGUUUUAGUCUCCUGAGUACAAAAGGCUCCAGUAGGUUGUCUGAUCCUUGCACUAGUGAAUAAGUCAAUGGGCGAUAGGAAACUAACCUCUAUUUGGCAUUGCAGAGUAGAGAAGGAAGUCAUUAUUUUUUUCCCCCUACCAUUGUUUUGAGAUUGAGAUUUAAUCCACCCACAGACCAGCCAGGAGAUUUGGCAAUAGUGUUGGAUCUGAACAGGUUUUUGUUAUAAUUUUAAAAAGCAGGAGGGAAUUUCUCAUUUUGCAGGGGCUUUUCUGUUCUUUUAGUUGUUGUUUUUCUUUUAACUUUCUUCUCUUAGACAUACCUUUAAAAUAGUUCAUGACCCAAACAUUGCAUUUAGGGUGAUAAAAACAGAUCACUAUGUAAAUACGAAUUGGUUAGAUUAUAGGUUUAGUGCUUCACAGCUCUCCUGCCAUAAUUGUUCAGCUCUGUGUGGGGGGAAAAGACAUUAUGGGGUAGUGUUUGCAUACAUUUUGAGUUUUCUAAAACUACCCGAAAAAUUGUUGCAUUCAUGGCUGUGUCGAAUUCAUCGUUAAGUCACUUGGUUGGCUGAACUCAGCCUCCCUAUUAGGAGCAAACUUCUGUAGUACAAACUCAGCAAAAACUCAAGUUUAACUGAAAAAGGCUGCGAACUUGUUGGAGAGCCACAUGCCCUUCUAGCUUUACUCAAUGGCAGUGGUGUGAGGUAGGGGCAGGCAGAUGGUUCAACAGUAAGCGUUAUGAUUUCGAUAAGAUUUUACUUGUUUAGGAAGGUUUUCUCAGUGCAAGGCUCAUAGAGCACAAUCAGCCAUUCGCUUCAUUCUCGGAGCCACCAUUUUGCCCCAGGCUCCCUUGGUGGGCCUGAGAGCUGGUAUGAAAAACAACAGUGCAGAAUGAAUCCCUGAAGACUGCCCAUGCCUGGUGUAAAGGAGACACCCAGUUUGCCUCUUGAUGCAGCUCUGCUUUGCACGAAUUCUGAAGCCAUGGCGCUGUUGUAGUGCCUCAGAGUAGUGAAGGAGGUGUGAAGACUUGGUUCAAAUAAAUGAUGGCUCUGUAGAGUCCUUUAUUUGCCCUGUUAAAGCUUUUGCAGCAGCUUGUUGAUGACUCACGUGUGGCAUGCUGGAGGAUGGAGGCUGUUUGGGGCCACAUGCAGCCCGCAGCUCUUCUGUUGCCCGUCCCAGCUCUAGGCAGAAGGUGAUUCCCACAGUACAGAGCUCCUUAGAUGCAUAAACAAACGUUUGCCUGUAGGGAUGUAUAGGGAAUCCGGCGAGGGUUUGGCCCCCUUUAUUCCGGUUCAUUAGUCUUGCUCUGGUGUCUGCUCAUUUUGUGAGUCAAUCACUCUAUUUGCAUAAAUUAUACAGAUCAUGCUAGUAUUGCAUAGUUUUUAGUUUUCAGUUGGUGGAAUUCUAUGCAGUUCGAGUGUGGUUUACUCAAGUCUAUGCACAUAGCAAAACCUGCAUGUUUGGGCACAUUUUCUUAGGCUGCAGGUUGCUCAUUUUAUUUUUUAACACUGUCUUGGAGAUAGAAUUCUACAGGGGGGAAAAACUGACUCAGCUUAUCAGAUUGGAAGCCAGCAGGAGGCUCUCUGAGCUGAAACAAGCCAGACUUCCCAGUGUCAGUGCAUCCCUAAGAGCACUGAAUAAGAAAGUGCUUAUAGUUAACCAUUAUAUUGCUGCUUUACCACUUAGUGGGUUGGUAAAGACAACCCAACUAGCCUAGGCUCACCUGGCCAUCUGUAUUAGAGCAGCAGCUGGGUCCCAGAACAGACUUGUGAACGUCAGCUCAGCUUGGGGAAUCUUGAUGUCCUUAAACUGCACCAAGGUUAAAAGUUAUGAUGGAGUUUUUCGGACAUUCGGAAACCUGGGUGGUACACUUCAGCCUGUAGGCAGAGGGGAUAGCUGGAAUGCUUCUUCUACAAGAGGAUGGAGAACUUUUUAUAUUUAGAAAAUUAGCCCCUGGGGGGAGUGGGACCACAAUGUCUCCCCCAUAGAAUGUGUUUUCUAGGGGCAUUGAGCAUUUCCCCCCGCAUGGAAGCACUGAAACAUGCAGUCACCCUGUGUCCAGACAGCCUGAAAUAGUCUCAUCCUGGAGCAUUGUUCCACCUGGUAUGUAGAAUGGCUUUUAGUCCCGUAUUGCUCUUCUCCUCUAUCAUCAGAGCUAUUCAAGCUUUGCUCCCAAGAUUUCGUUAUUUAUAGACCUUCUAAAGUGCCGGGUGCAUGAAAACCAGAGUGCAUCCAUGCCUGAAGAUGUUUGCAGCAUGACCCAGGUAUGACAGAAGCAGGAAGCUAGAGGGCAUUAGAGGAGCACGAGGAGGUUAAAGGAAGUGCAAGUGUGUUUCGCAAGGGUCGUGACAUUUGUUGUGCAAUUCCCAUUAAAUUAUGGUCAUUUGUGCCGUAAUGAGCCCUGCUGGCCAGUCUGUUUUUCAUCAGCGCCGCCUAGAAAAUUGCUAUUGCAUGUUCCUGAAUUUGCGAGGCAUCUCCAGUAAAGGAAGUGAUCUAUGGGCCAGUUCAUUUCUAAGAAGCAUCUUUUCACUAAAUGAUCACUAGUGAAAAGGGGUUACCUGCCCUCCACCAAAUCCUGGUGCAGAUGUACAAAUGGAAUCCCAAGAUGGUUGGUGCCAAACCAGGCAUUGGAGAAGUUCUUUCCAUAUAUUUGAUCAUUUAGUUUAGAAGGAGUUGGAACAAUGGGACUCGGGCGUGUUUAGGGGAUGGCCCACUCGGGUUGGUGCCCCAGCAUAGCUGGCCUUUUCUUCACAUGUGCUUCACUUCCAUUGCCCCCCAUCCUCAAAUCUUUCCGCCUGAAUUUUCUUCCUGAAAUCAAAUGCCCUUCUUCCCCUCUCUGUAGAAUCCUUCCUGCACAUGGGGGUGUCCUUAGGAAACAGGCUUGUUUAAAAACACACACGCAGACACAAAGAGAGUUUUUAGAGCAUAUGCAAAGCCUGUGCCACAUUGGAACAGCCCCAGAAGCAAAGAGGUAACCAGUACAAUCAUGCAUCAUGUGUAAACUUAACUGCUGAUAUUUCUAUUCCAAGCACCUCUUCUUUGGGAGUAGUGGGGGAAUGACAUAAAUCAGGUUACAGUCUCCCCGUUUCUUGUCUCACCCCCAGUUACAGCAGAAAAGAAGAAUGCAAUAAGGAGAACAUUUUCAACAGCCUGAACUGUGAUGUUGCUGCCAAGAAGAGAAAGAAGGAUCAGUUGAACAACAAGACAAGGAUUCAGUAUUUUCAUCAAGAAAAGUGGAUUUACGUGCAUAAGGGAAGCACAAAAGAAAAUCCCUAAUACAAAUGAAUUGCAUGUUUAUUUCACUUCCCUGUAUUCUCAGCGCCACGGCUACUGCACCCUGGGAGAAGCUUUCAAUCGGCUGGACUUCUCAAAUGCCAUUCUGGACUCCAGGCGAUUCAACUACGUUGUGCGGCUGCUGGAGCUGAUAGCGAAGUCUCAGCUAACGUCACUGAGUGGAAUUGCCCAGAAAAACUUUAUGAACAUCUUGGAAAAAGUUGUACAGAAAGUCCUGGAAGACCAGCAGAACAUCAGGCUUAUAAAGGAACUGCUGCAGACUCUUUAUAUGUCACUCUGCACCCUGGUACAAAGUGUCGGCAAGUCCGUUCUGGUUGGCAACAUCAACAUGUGGGUCCACCGAAUGGAGACGAUUCUUCACUGGCAGCAGCAGCUGAACAAUAUCCAAAUCACCAGGCCUGCCUUGAAAGGGUUGACUUUCACAGACCUCCCCUUAUGUCUACAAUUAAACAUCAUGCAGCGGCUGACAGAUGGGAGAGACAUUGUGAGUCUUGGACAAGUAACUCCGAGUCUUCAGGUGCUCAGUGAAGACCGGCUGCUGUGGAAAAAACUUUGCCACUACCACUUCACAGACAGACAGAUUCGCAAACGGCUAAUUUUGUCAGACAAGGGACAUUUGGACUGGAAGAAGAUGUAUUUCAAGCUUGUGAAGUGCUACCCAAGGAAGGAACAAUAUGGAGAUAGCUUGCAGCUCUGCAGGCACUGCCACGUUCUGUCCUGGAAGGGCACUGACCAUCCAUGUACAGCUAACAACCCUGAGAGUUGCUUGACUUCCCUUUCACCCCAAGACUUCAUCAAUUUGUUCAGAUUCUGAAUUUCCAAGUAAUUUCACUGUGUAUCUUGGUAUAUUGAUGGACACUUUAUACUGCUGAGCCAACCAGCUCAAUCUGUAUAUAGAAUGUAAAUAUUACUGUUUGGAGUUUCCGAAUCAAGAGGACAAUUUCAGAAGGCAAAGGGAGUCAUUAUUCAAUGACAUUGAACUCUCUUGCUCUCUUUUUAAAUUAAGAAUAUGCCCUUCUGAUUGGAAUAAUAUGUGUAAAAGCAGUAUUUUGUAAAUAUGAUACUUUAUAAGAAUUGGAAACUGUAAGGGAGAAUCUAACCCUUUUUCUGCUUUGAAAUUCAAACGAAUGUGUUCUACAUCCAUUUGAAAUGUCUCUUUCAUUUUAAAGCUGGGAAAAUUAGACACUAUGAUUAGGCUAAAGCUGUUGAACUACUUCCCCUGCUCUGGCUUUUGUUUACAAAUGACAUUGUUAGAAAUAAUGACUUAGAAGGAUGUAUCUCUUUAUCCUUCCCCCACCUUUUUUAAAGAAUCAACUUAAAAUGUGUAUGCCGCACCAUUUUCUACCUCUGAAAAGCUGUCCAACCAAUCCAAUAUGCAAUGUGAAGAGUUUAUACUUUAUAUACAGAGAUUUAAAGGGAAAAUAUUGGUGAAGACAGUAAACAUAAUUCCUUUUUUUGUUAAUGCUUAAGUUCUAAUUUAGCCUGCUUGCUUUUUGUGGUAAUUGGAUAGUCAGAAUUUAGAAAAGUUGAAGAGGAUCUGGCAAAAUGAUCAGCCUCUUUUGACAGCUGGUAAAAGAUCAAAUGCAUUAAAAGAAUAGAUGAUGGUGCUUAUCAUCUUACUGUUCUUGCUAUGCCACACUGCCUCAGUCCUGGAUGGAUUCUGAAAGCACAACCCCUGUUCUGGCUUGUUGAUACCAUUUCCCCCAGCUUCUCUGACACCAGGUUGGCUAUAUGGGUACAUACAGAUAUAUCACUGUUAAGAGCAGCAUAAAGCAGCUUUGCCACUUUGCCAAGAGAUGUAAUUUCUGUGCUUUGGGGACAAGUACAUUAAAUGCACCCAUGCCCACAUAAUCGUUAGGGUUUUUUAUACUCUGUGGAAUUAGGGAAGAUCUGUCUCUGGAGAGCACGUAUUAGCUGGUGCCUGUGCUCUUAAUGAGCCCACCUUUCCUCCUGCUCCUCUGACCCAUCACCUGAUACCUGAACUUUUAAGGUAAAGAUGCCACAGGGACUGAACCUGUGAUAUCUUGUAUGCAAAGCAUGCACUCUGCCACUGAGCCAGCCUUCCUCUGCAAUUAUUAGGCAAAUUUUACCAUAAUGAAGAACCUGCCGAGACUUUUCAUUGUAUUGUAUCUGCUUUCAGAUGUCUUAAAGGAAGAAUUAGAGACCCAGAUAAUAAUUCAAUUCACUAAAACCUUCAUUUGUUUCAGUGGAAGGAGUUGCCCAGCAAAAUGUUACCAACAUGAAAUAGUUUUUUACAUGUUUCUACCAUGAUAUUGAAAAGAGGUGCUUGCCCCAGGAAAUAUUUACAUAUUUAAUGAAGAUGGUCAUUACCUUGACUGAGGGGUUAGUUUCAGGUCAGCUAUCAGUAUAAAUGUUGAAUGACUUGGUUUUUAUGGAAUUAAUCUGAAUUUAAACUCAUGAUUUGACUGAUUUGUGGGCUGUAAUUCACAUGUGGUAUUGCUACCUUGAGCAGAGAAAUCAACUGUAUUGUAUCUAAGACCUGUUUCCUAUUUCUUUCUAGCUGGACCUGUACCAAAGCUUGCAAUUCCAGAAUUUAAUUACGAUUGAUAAUGGAAUGAUGCUAUCUGUGUAGGGAGGAGGGAUUAAGGGAGUUUGAUAACCAUUUAUAUAAAGCUCACAUGCUUUGCAAAGGCCAAA